AUGCAGGCAUUAUUAGCAACACCAACAAUACCCAAUCACAUCAAAUACCAACAACACAACAAUUCAUUAAAAAAUAUCUUCGCUUCAGCCACAUUACCACGCUCCGCAGGUUCCUCCAUACGUUCUGUACUCUCCGCACAAGCGGUACAUCGUUCCACCGGCAACGGUUUGGAUCGUGACGAUGAUCGCGACCCACGUGAUGUUACGAAUAAUAGUUUCAACCGUUUCGAUCCGAAGUACAUUAGCAUCGGACCGAAGGCGGUGCGCGGCAAUAAUAAUUUGAAUAUUGUUGCCGCCGCCACGGCCAAUAAGUGCGCCACGCUGCGCCAUGUCGGUCGCUAUGGCGGCUCGUUGAAGGGCGCCAGUCCUUCGCCGAAUCUGCGCAGCGCCAAGACACCCUCCAUUGCAACCGUUUCAAAGGAUUACUGCCAGCAACCGGACUGCAUACCGCAAACGUACACGACCGAGGUGAUUGUGCCACAUCAGACACAACAACAACAACCGCCACCACCACCGGCGCCAUUGCCACCACCAAAGCCGCGCACAACGAAUACGUUUACCGAGAUACCGGGCACAACGGGUCAACAGCAACAACAGCAAUUGGCUGCUUUGCAAGCGGCAGCAGCACAACAACAGCAACAACAACAACAACAAGCACAGGCACAACUGCAAAUGCAACAGCAGCAGCAGCAGCCGACGCUGCAUCAGCAACUGCAUCAACACCACCCGCCCACGACCCACAUACUGCCACCCACGGCAGUCUAUAGCAUUGAGACGUCGGGCUAUCAGCCCCAAACACAGCCACAGCCAUCGGUGCAAGCCCAGCAAAUGCAACAACACAUGGCGGUUGCACAGCAACAGCCGCCACCGCCAACAGCCGCGCCACGUGAGCCACCACGACCACCACCGCAGCGUUCACUCAAUCCUUCAUCGAUUGUGAAUCAACCACUGCCGGAGAUACCGCAGCAGGCACAACAAUCGAAAAUCUCGCCACAGCCACUAUGCGCAGCCAAUCUCAAUCAAUAUCGUUCGCUACAACGACCACAAGCACAGAAAAUGCAAUUGCCCACAGCUGCUAUGCCGCCGGCACAGCAACAGCAGCAUCAGCAACAGCCCCCAUUGCCGCCGAAGAAGAAGACCUCACGUGAGAUAAGCACUUCGACGGCUGGCGGCACUUUAAACGCCAAUCACUUGCAAACAUUACCGCCGAAAUCGGCCAGUUUGCGACAGCAACAGACCGCCACCAACGCUUACAGUUACGAACGCGAACGUGAGCGUGAGCGGGAGCGCGCGGAACGUCAUGAACGCCCGAGACGCGCCGAGACGCUCGAUAACGCACGUACAUCCAGCAACAGCGCUGGUAUGGCUUAUAUAGAGCAGCAAUUCGGUGGCAGUGGUGGCGUAAAAAAGCAACACUCUUAUGAUUCGUAUACGCUUCAGCAACAGCAAGCUCAAAGGCAUGCCACUGCAACAACUCCCAACAAUAAUUAUCAUGGCCAGCAGCAACAGCAACAAUACUUAAUUGAAGCACAACAACAGCAGCUGUACUAUCGCUCGCUGAAGCGCGGCGGCUCACAUGCCAAUAACGAUCUCUAUUCCGUCACAGAAUUGUAG